AUGGCAGCGAGCAGCAGCAGCAGCAACGGCAAGAAGAAGGGAACCGCCGCCGGCGGCGGCGGCGGUGGUGGAGGGAUAAUUAACCUCAAGAUAGUGGCGAAGAAGCUGCAGAAGGCGUUGGGGAAGAAAGAUGCGAGUAGUUACGUCCCCGAGGACGUGAAAGAAGGACACUUUGCGGUGUUGGCCGUGGAAGGAGUGGAGGAGCCGCAGCGGUUCGUGGUGCCGUUGACUUGUUUGACCCACCCUACUUUUCUGAGGCUGCUGGAGCAGGCGGCGGAGGAGUACGGGUUCGACGGCGGCCGAGGGUACGGCGCCCUGGCGGUGCCCUGCCGGCCGGAGGAGCUCGAGAGGAUUCUGGCGGAGCAAUGGGAGGAAACGACGUCGUCGAGGAGGAGGAAUGAUAAUAAUAGUAAUAGUAAUAGUAAUAGUGGUGGUGGAAGGGAUAGUUGGGGAUCUUCUUCUUGUAAGACUAUGGUUCAGAGCUUCUGA